AUGGCUGCGCGGUAUACGCCGCCGCGCUCCCUGAGCCAGCGGCGAGCCUCGUUGAGAGAGACUGCAGAUGGCGACACCACUCCUCGCAGUGUCCCUGAGCCGCUCACGAGUGUUCCGUCCCGGAUAUCAGGGAGCAGAAGCCUACACUCGCAUCAUUCGAGCUCUCACCCAAAGCCGUUGCCGACUCCCAACAAAUCCAGCUCUCCUCUGCACACCAGUCUGCUCUCCUCUACGCCGGCUUCCCCUCCGACUCCCGCGCCAAGUCCGACACCGCAUCAGAGGACUUCCAGCUGGCAGUCUUCUGAAGAUGACGACGAUACAUUGCUCCUGAACGCCCGGAUACGUUUUAGCUCUCUGAGCAGUGCUCAGAAGCAAAAAUUCCUGGUCGACAUCUUGAAUCUGUGCGACAACCAGCAACUCAGCUUUGUUUCCAGCUUUGUGAGCCCUCGUCUGAGGAAAGAUCCUUUCCAGGUCUUUCCAAAUGAACUGUGUUUGAGAGUCCUCUCCUUCAUCGACGAUCCCAAGACGCUUGCGAGAGCUUCCCAGGUGUCCAAGCGGUGGCACGAGCUUCUCAAUGAUGACAUAACAUGGAAGAAUCUGUGUGAAAAACAUUCGUAUGCAUGCAGAAGACUGUCGGACGACGAACGCGAUUUUGUCGACCCUUUCCAUGGGAACUCUUCCGCGAGGAGUUCGGAGACCUCUCUUCAUAGCUUCCGGAGAAAGUCGACGUCAUCCGCUACAGAUAGUAUGGCUGGUACGUCCAGCGAAUUGUCCAUGGAGUCUUCUUGGCCGAGUACGCCAACGCGGAAGCGACGGGUUCAGCCGUCCUCGUACCGAACGCAUUUCAAGCAAAAGUACAUGGUCGAGUCUGCAUGGAGGAAGGGUGGACGGUGCACACAAAGACAUGUUACCCCGGACCAAGGUGUGGUGACAAGCUUGCACCUGACUCCCAAGUACAUUGUCGUCGCUUUAGACAACGCAAAGAUCCAUGUUUACGACACCAAUGGAGCAAACCAGAAGACCCUUCAGGGGCAUGUGAUGGGCGUGUGGGCUAUGGUUCCGUGGGAUGACAUCCUGGUCAGCGGUGGUUGUGACCGGGAAGUGCGGGUUUGGAACAUGGCGACUGGUGCUUGUCUCCAUCUGUUGCGAGGCCAUACAUCUACGGUGAGAUGCUUGAAGAUGGCCGACCGAAAUACCGCCAUCUCGGGCUCAAGAGAUACCACGUUGAGAAUCUGGGAUCUUUCCACCGGAAUGUGCAGAAGCGUCCUGGUCGGUCACCAGGCUAGUGUCAGGUGCCUUGGAAUCCACGGGGACCUGGUAGUUUCGGGAAGCUAUGACACGACCGCCCGGAUAUGGAGUAUUUCCGAAGGGCGUUGCUUGCGGACGCUCUCUGGUCAUUUCAGCCAGAUCUAUGCAAUCGCCUUUGACGGCAAGCGAAUCGCGACGGGUAGUCUUGACACCAGCGUUCGGAUAUGGGAUCCACACACCGGUCACUGCCAGGCGAUUUUGCAGGGUCAUACUUCUCUGGUCGGGCAGCUACAGAUGCGAGGUGAUACAUUAGUCACCGGGGGAUCAGAUGGUUCCGUUCGUGUCUGGUCGUUGACCCGGAUGGCUCCGAUCCACCGGCUGGCUGCCCAUGAUAAUAGCGUGACUAGUCUUCAAUUCGACAGCACCCGCAUCGUCAGCGGUGGUAGCGAUGGCCGUGUGAAGGUCUGGAGUCUCAAAACAGGCCAGCUGCUGAGGGAGUUGUCGACGCCUGCAGACGCAGUUUGGAGAGUGGCAUUUGAGGAAGAGAAAGCCGUGAUCAUGGCGAGCCGGUCAGGUCGCACUGUCAUGGAGGUCUGGUCUUUCUCUCCACCUGCUGAAGAACUCUUUGACGAUAACGUGGUGAUCGAAAGCGCUUCUAGCACGCCGGGGUUGCGUCCGACUAGGGAUGGUAAAUCUGGCGAUAAAAGCAGCAGGCAAAGAGCGCUAAUGUCGGAUCCGCCGCCGACGAUAUCGCUGGCAGAGGAUGGCGAUCAGCCCAUGUCGGAUGCUCCCAUUGGUUGA